GAAGCAGGUUUGGUGGCCCAUUUGUAUAUUUUCCCGGCAUCGCUCCGCCGACCCUCUUUCUUCUUCGCUGGUCUGCUUUCGAAUCAGUCGCGCUCCAUUUCCUUUCUGCUAGCUUCGAUCAUCCGAAGCGAUCCUGCGGAAUCCCAGAAGAGCGCGGGCUCACAUUUCGAUCUUUUGUUCCCUUAAUUUUACAUCUUUUGAUUCGAUCCCUGGAACGAAAUUUUCCCAAAAGAGAAUGGACGGCUUGUGCUUGAAAUCAGGGAUCCACGGCAUGCCGCCGUCGAUCUCCGUUGCCGGCUCUCUGGGACAAGUACGGGCGAACGCGACCCACAUGAGCCCUGCGAGCAGGGAUCACAAAUCUAAUUCUUCGCCGCCGCCGUCGUCCAAGUUCUCGUUUCGGUACCCUCUGCAGUCCUGGUGGCCGGGAGGAGGCCAGAGAUGCAGCGGCAGGCAUACUGGGACGGUGGCCAUGGAUGGCGGUGGCUGCGGCGAAGCCGUUGUUGUCGUCGAUAAUGUCGAGGCGGGCAGCGGCGACUAUGGCGGGGCGAUUGAGGGGCGGGAUCAAAGCUGGGUUAUGAAGAUUUUGCAUGUGAGGUCUCUUUGGAAGGAAGGGGAGUCGGAGGCGAAGGCGAAGGGCGACGAAAAUGAAAUUGACGUCAGCGGCGUCGGUAACUCCGCCAACGAUGGGACGGAGGAGGAAGAAGACGACGACGAGGAGCUCUGCUGCGUUGCUGAGGAUGGAGCAGACGAGAUUGAAUUCGACAGGGAUUCGUUUUCCAGAUUGCUUCGCAGAGCUUCCCUCGCCGAGGCUAAGCUGUAUGCUCAAAUGUCGUAUUUGGGGAACUUGGCGUAUUGCAUACCCAAGAUCAAGCCAGGAAAUUUGAUGAAAUAUCGGGCCCUUAAGCUAGUAACUUCUUCGGUGGCAAAAAGAGAGUUGGCUAAGGAAACUCAGGCACCAGAUGAAGUUCGGGAAGAAGAAAAGGAGACUUCGAAGGAGGAACCAGGAGCGACUGAAUGGGAGGAAGGCAAGAAUGAUGGGCAUCCUAUAAAUGCCUCAACAGCUUAUCAAAUAGCUGCCAAUGCUGCUUCCUAUUUGCACUCUCAUGCAAAGCACAUUCUUCCUUUUAGUUCCACAAAAGUUGAAAUGGACAAAGAUAGGUCCAAUUGCGACACCAGAUGCAGCGACAAUAUGAUGGACUCAGAGGUGGCUUCUCUUAUGGCAACGACAGACUCGGUGACAGCUGUGGUUGCCGCAAAAGAAGAAGUGAAACAAGCUGUUGCAGAUGAUUUGAGUUCAACUGGCUCGUCCCCCUGCGAGUGGUUUAUAUGUGAUGAUGAUGACUGCACAAGAUACUUCGUGAUUCAGGGAUCUGAGUCACUGGCAUCUUGGCAAGCCAAUCUUCUGUUCGAGCCUAUUGAGUUUGAGGGUUUGGGUGUGCCUGUGCAUAGAGGUAUUUACGAAGCUGCGAAAGGCAUAUACGAGCAAAUGCUGCCCGAAGUACGAGCCCACCUAAAGUCAUAUGGCAGCAGGCGUGCGGCCUUUCGUUUCACUGGUCAUUCCCUCGGUGGAAGCUUGUCUGUGCUCAUAAACCUGAUGUUGCUAAUAAGAGGUGAAGUGCCAGCCUCGUGUUUGCUCCCUGUCAUAACAUUUGGUUCGCCAUCCAUCAUGUGCGGUGGAGACCAGCUCCUUGAUAAGCUUGGCCUGCCCCGGAAUCAUGUACAGGCAAUAACAAUGCAUAGAGACAUCGUCCCUCGGGCUUUCUCCUGUAAUUACCCUAAUCACGUUGCAGAACUUUUGAAAGCUGUGAAUUCGAACUUCCGGAGCCACUCAUGUCUCAAUAACCAGAGCAUGUUAUAUGCCCCAAUGGGCGAAAUCGUGAUUCUACAGCCAGACGCGAGAUUCUCACCUCACCACGAACUCCUACCCUCAGGCAGUGGGUUGUUCUUCCUGAGCUACCCAAUAUCAGACCGCGGUGGUGAUGAAGACAAUGCAGAGAAGCUGAUUCGAGUCGCAAAGGCCAAGUUCCUCAACACGCCACACCCACUCGAGAUCCUGCGCGAUCGGGCAGCUUAUGGUUCCGAAGGAGCAAUCCAGCGGGACCACGACAUGAACUCGUACGUGAAGUCGUUGCGCAACGUGAUACGCCUGGAGAUGAACCGCAUCAGGAAGGCGAGGAGGGAGCUGCGACGGAAGUUCUGGUGGUCGAUGCUGGCCCCCCACGACGUCUUCAUGGUCGGGAGGCAGGGUUUUUCGUCGAGGGAGAAGGUACUGCAGUUCAACUUCUCGGGUGCGUUGCAGACGGGAAGAGACUCCUUGAGGAGGUUCAGCAGGAUGGUGGCUUCCCAGCACAUGCACUUGUUUGUGGUGCUUUUGCUCCCUGCACGAUUGGUUCUCUUAGGUGUUUACAACGUGAUCAAGCUUCAUUGAUCACCAUCGUUGUCUUUUGAUCUUUCUUGUUUGUCAAGGAAUGAUUUUGUACAGGGCAAAAAAAAAAGAGCUGGUAGGUCGAUUCUUUAAUCUUUAUUCAUUUGACCUCAGUCAUAGAAGGUGACUGGCUUCUAAAGGACAAAAUGCGGUAACUUGCUUGCCUAGCAAUGGAUCCACACACGUGGCAUAGUUAGCAUUCCUCCCAAAAACUCGUACGAAACGUCAUAUUCAUAGCGUGGUUGUCUUUCAAGGCCAGAUGGCGAUAUAUAUUCAUAGCGUCGUGGGCGUAUCGUGAUGUAGAUUCCUAAUUUUGUCACCGCAGGCAGUUGGGUUGGGGACGGUGGUCUAUCUUUCAUCAGUUUGUUUCUGUACCAUUAUUGUUGUUACGAUGAUUAUGUGGAUUUGGGCUUGCUUGCGUAUCCAAAUUAAUCUGUGUAUUUUGUCACGCGACUUCCCUCUCACUUACACAGUUACACGUCACUAAUAAUGGAG